AAACCUAAAUGUAGAUGAUUUCAAAGUAACUAAAUGGAGUCGUAGCUAUUUAGCUGUGUUGUUGUCUGUGUCCUUUUUGGAGGGGGGGAGAGAGGAAAAACAUCAACCAUCUAGCUCCAGCCACCGCACCCCCUCCCUGAGAAGACCCUCUUUGGGUUAAAAACUAAAUUUAGAUUGGUUCAAAGUAACAACAUGGAGUCAUAGCUAUUUAGCUGUGUUGUCUGUGUCCUUUUUUGGAGGGGGUUUUAACCUAGUCGGACAACAUAUCGACUAUGUGACUGUGAGCACCCGGAGAAGCGUUAUAGCGGUCCAUGAAGAGCCGUCUAGCCGUCGGUAGUCCUCCUUCUGUCCGGUCGAGUGGACUUGAUGAACCCCGUCCGUCCACCCUGACCCGUGGAGUAGCACCGACAACACAAACAAGGUCAUGGACUUCCCGGGCCACUUCAACCAGCGGGAAUCGAACCCACGAGCCGUGCUCUAGCUAGCGACUGAGCCACGCGUGAUUCAUGUUGUUAUUGUAGGUCUUCCAGCAGCUGAACUACCAGCGUGUCCACAGCCAGCUGUGUGACUGUGUCAUUGUGGUGGGCAGCCGCCAUUUUAAGGCCCACCGCUCGGUGCUGGCGGCUUGCAGCACUCACUUCAGAGCCCUGUUCACCGUCGCCCAGGGAGACGCCAGCAUGAACAUGAUACAACUGGACAGCGAGGUGGUGACAGCGGAGGCGUUUGCCGCCCUGGUGGACAUGAUGUACACCUCCACCCUGAUGCUAGGAGAGAGCAACGUGAUGGACGUGCUGCUAGCUGCCUCUCACCUCCACCUGAACGCCGUAGUCAAGGCCUGUAAGCACUACCUGACCACCCGCACCAUGCCCAUGUCCCCGCCGGCAGACCACCGGGCCACACAACACCGCCAACACACCCACGCGGAACAGCAGAGACUCAGGCAGCAGCAGCAGGCAGCCGCCAACGCUAACCUAGCCGCUAACGCUAACCAAGAGGCUAACGCUAACCUAGCGGCUAACGCUGCUACGUCCAGGCUCCAGCGGUCGUUCCUGCUGCAGCAGCUGGGUCUAAGCCUGGUGAGCUCUGCCCUGGGCGGGGUGGAGGAGGAUGGGCUAAGGGGUGGUAGCGAUGGUGUUAGCAUUAGUGGUGUAGUGGAGCACAAAGCUUCCUUCCCCAUUCGACCCUGCCACAAGAGAAAGCCCUCCAUGAGCUUUAGCCUAUCUGAGGACAGGCCCAGGCAGAGGCCCCGCCCCUCCGGAACCCACGGGGAUGAAGAAGUGGGACUACUCUCCCCCGACUCCCACAAGACGGGGGAGGAGGCCAGACUGGACGCGGCGAUCACCGGCCUAGUAGGGGGCGUGACCCAGGAUGACUCCCAGAUGCCCAGCCAAUCGGACGGCGGACGCUGCGAAGGGGAGGAGCAAGGGAUGGCGGAGGAGGGGGGUGUGGGGAAGGAGUCCCUGGAUGGGGGGAGUCACCAUGGUGAUGGGGUGGAGGUGAAGAUAACGGAGGAAGAGGAGGAGGAGGAGGAAGUACGGGAGCAACAGGGACAGGUGGUGGUCAAGUGUGAGCCUCUGAGCUCCCCAGAGCCAGCUGAUGACAUCACCAUCCAGGGUAGCGACCAGCUGGGACCUGGAAGAGGAAGAGGAGGAGGGGAGGAGAAGGUAGAACUGAGCCCACAGAGCAGCAACCGUAGUCUCUCCUCCUCUGACCAACAGCUUCUCCAACCCGGUUCCCAGGUCCUGCUCAAAGGAGGUCUUGGUAGUGGGAUUGGCGGUGGUUUUGGCUGUAGUAACCAUCUUGAUGGCAAGUCUGGUUUUAGGAUUUCUAGCUUCCUCGGCGCCAAGGUCUUCGGAAGCGGGGGGUCGGGGGUCGACGCCGGGGACGACGACCUCCUCAACACGACGACCGGCGAGGCGAUGGCAGCGACACAUGGCUUCCUGCUGAGCCCGGAACACUCUGGAACCAAUAACUCCGCCUCGAUGCUCCGUCCCGGGUCGGCCAACCACCUGCACCUGCUGGCUGGUGACGGUCUCGGGGGAUUCUCUACAGACGCCGAUUCGCUCUUCCUGCGUCCCCUGCAUGACGGACUGGGAAACCCCAGAGGAGGAGGAGGGUUCCCAGAUCCUUUUUCUCUGGAUUUCCAGCGCUCCAGCCUGGGUCUGCACUCCCUGGCCCGCGCCUCUCGAGGGAGCUCCCUGGGUUACCCUGGAUACCGUCGCAUCGCACCUAAAAACGACAACGUGGGCGGAGGAGGAGGUGGAGGAGAAACGGGGGUCGUUCUCCAAGACGCCCUGUCUUCCUCCAGUCUGGGGGAAGGGGGACCCUUGCUUCUGAACGGUUCGGGAGGUUACGAGUCAGGCCCACCCACCUCGUCCUCGUCCGCCCCACACCCUCGCCCCCAGCUGACCCGUGCCUCUGCCGACGUCCUCUCCAAGUGUAAGAAGGCCCUGUCCGAACACAACGUGCUGGUGGUGGAAGGAGCCAGGAAGUACGCCUGUCGAAUCUGCUGUAAGACUUUCCUCACUCUGACCGACUGUAAGAAACACAUUAGGGUCCACACCGGGGAGAAACCGUACGCCUGCCUCAAGUGCGGCAAACGCUUCAGCCAGUCGUCUCACCUGUACAAACACUCCAAGACGACGUGUCUGCGUUGGCAGAACAGCAACAUGGCCGACGCACUGAUGUAGACGAUGCUUCGGAGGGGAGGGGGGGAGGGCAGAACAGCAACAUGGC